AUGUACGCCAAGUCGAUGCUUGUUGCCAUGCUGGGGGCCUCCGUGGUCAAUGCCCACAUGAUCAUGACCAGCCCCGUUCCCUAUGGAAAGGACACACUCAACAACUCUCCUCUGGCUGCCGACGGAAGUGACUUCCCUUGCAAGUUGCGUUCGGACACCUAUUCGGUUACAGAGCAGAAUGUGAUGGUUAUCGGCGAGGCUCAGCCCUUGACCUUUGAGGGCAGUGCUACCCAUGGCGGUGGCUCGUGCCAGAUCAGCCUUACUACCGAUCUGACGCCCUCCAAGGACACUGACUGGCAAGUCAUCAAAUCUUUUGAGGGUGGCUGCCCAGCCAAUGUGGAUGGUAACCUUAGCGGCGGUGCCACCAUGGUUGAUCCUUACUCGUUCAAUUUCACCAUUCCCGAAGGUAUCGCCGCUGGAAAGUAUACGCUUGCCUGGACCUGGCUCAACCGCAUUGGCAACCGUGAGAUGUAUAUGAACUGCGCUCCAGUCACUGUGAAGAGCUCCAGCGCUUCGAAGAGAUCCGAGAGUGUCGCCGCCAAGGCAGUCGAGAAGCGUUCUACCACCUUCCCGCCCAUGUUCGUCGCCAACAUUAACGGCUGCAUUACCUCGGAGAAUGUCGAUAUUCGUUUCCCCCAGCCUGGUGAUGAUGUUCAGUACCUUGGCGAACCUUCCAACCUGGCCAAGGUGGGUGCCGCCGCUUGCACCGGAACUCCCACCUUUGCCAGCGCCGGUGACUCUACAACUGGCACCAAUUCCGCCGCAGGUUCGUUCGGUUCGGAUUCGAGCUCAGAGACAGCGUCCACUUCAGCAGCAGUAGCAGCCACCACUGUGUCGACCCAAACUUCUGAUGCCGCCCCAACCUCCACCUCUGUUGUAUCUGUCCCAGAAGUUGCCCCUUCGUAUACCUCCGUUGCAAGCAUGGCAAGUGCGGCUUCUCCUUCGCCCACCAGUAGCUCUUCUACUUCUUCCAGCUCGGGUGCCCUGAGUGGCUCAUGCAGCGUUGAUGGCGAAUGGAAUUGCAUCUCAGGUACCUCUUUCCAACGUUGCGCCUCGGGUGUGUGGUCUGUCUCUCAGCAGAUGGCUUCCGGGACCUCUUGCACUGCAGGCCUGAGUGCGGAUCUAGCGAUUGUUGCCAGUAAGCGAUCUCAUGUCGCUUCAGGGCUGCACUUCCGCAGACGCAGCAUCGGUGACUCCCACCACGUUUAG